AUGGUAACUCAGCACUCGCAUUCCAAAACCUGGCCAGACUCAAAUGGCUUCUUUGGCCAAUUCGGAGGCAACUACUAUCCCCCCGAAGCUCACCAAGCCCUCAAAGAACUAGCAGACAAAUACAAAGACCUCCGUCACUCCCCAACCUUUCUCCAACGUCUUGAAAAGGUCCGCGUCGGUCUUCAAGGCCGUCCAACACCAAUCCACCACCUUGAAAACAUCUCACAAGAAAUCGGAGGCGCUCAGAUUUUCGUCAAGCGAGAAGACCUCAAUCAUACAGGCGCGCAUAAGAUUAACCACUGCGUCGGCUUUGCACUCCUCGCUAAAGCGAUGGGCAAGACGAAAUUGAUUGCUGAGACGGGCGCUGGACAGCAUGGUGUUGCUCUCGCUACUGCUGCUGCAUAUUUUGGUCUUGAGUGUGAGAUCCAUAUGGGCGCUGUGGAUACAGAAAAGCAAAAGUCCAAUGUUGGUCGUAUGCAGAUUCUCGGUGCAAAGGUUGUGUCUGCGACUGCUGGACAAUCCGCUCUCAAAGAGGCCAGUGACUCAGCUUUCAACGCUUACGUUAAGCAAAGAGCGCAUGCGCUGUAUGCGAUUGGAUCGGCUAUUGGACCCCAUCCCUUCCCAUUGAUUGUUCGGGACUUCCAAUCUGUUAUUGGUCGAGAAGCGCGCGAGCAGUUUCUCACCAUGAAUGGAGGGCUGCCUGAGCAUGUUGUGGCUUGUGUCGCUGGUGGCUCUAAUGCUAUGGGGAUGUACUCUGCAUUCAUCGACGACACGGACGUUAAAUUACACGCUGUUGAGCCACUUGGUAGAUCUGAGAAGAUAGGCGAGCAUGCAGCCACUUUAUCCUACGGCAAACCAGGAACAUUACAUGGCGCAAAGACGAUUGUCCUUCAGAAAGAAGGUCUACCAGCUUCUGUAACCUCUAUAGCUUCCGGGCUUGUUUAUCCUGGCAUCGGACCUGAGAUGGCUAUGCUCCACCAAGCUGGAAGAAUUUCUGUCGCGACGAUUGGAAACGAUGAAGUCAUUAGUACGUUUUUCAAAAUGGCGAAGAGUGAGGGGAUUAUUGUUGCGCUGGAGAGUGCGCAUGCUGUGGCUUAUGCUAUGCGCUUGGCGGCGCAGCGACCGAAGGGGGAGAGGAUUCUUGUGAAUUUGAGUGGCCGCGGAGAUAAAGAUGUUGAUUAUGUGCUUGAAAAUUAUGGCACGGGUUAG